UGAGUCUGAGCGACGACACUCAUCAUGAAGAUCUGCGCUGUGUUCUGUGUAUUUGUGGCUCUUGCGCUGGGCUCUCCGGUUCCUCCGAACACACAGCAGUGUGAAUGCAGCGCCGCCGCCAGGUCUCUGCUCUCCAGCCUCUCACACAUCAUGCAGAAGGAGGGGAAGAUGGAACACAGGGAUCUGUUUGCUGGCUUUAACUGCACGGAUCUGGAGGCUCAGAUGAUUCCUCACACUCUCACAGCGUCUGUGUGUCAGCCCAGCGGCUCCGCUCAUAAUGCGUCCUGCUCCAGCCACAGACGCUCGUCUUUCAGUGAGACGGAGUGUCUGAGGAACAUCAGAGCUGAUCUGAGCUAUUACGAUGUGAUGCUGAGCUCCUACAGGCCCAGUGAGACUGAUCUGAGUCCAGUGAAGACAGCCACCAAAGGCCUGAUGAACUGUUUGAAUGAGAACUGCGAGGCUGCAGAUGGAGAGUUUCCUCAGUGGCGCGUCUGGAGCGGAUUGUCCUUCGAUGACCGUCUGUCCCUGUGCAAGACGCUGAAGGGCUUCCACAUCCGGGCCAUCACCGUGAACCGGGCGCUGGGGUACAUCGGCUCCGGAGAGCACAGGAAAUGAUGUCACUCACCACAGCGCCGCUUCCUCCUCACACGACUGCACGCCUGUCAGUCACGCAUAAGCUAGACGCGUGUGGCCU